CCGGCACACAGUUUGGUUUCUACCCCGCUCUCUCGACCCCCGAGCUGGGAGAGACGAGAGCGAGCUGAGAGAGAGAGAGAGAGAGAGAGAGAGAGAGAGAGCAUGAACUGCCGGAGCCUGGAGGAGUUCUGGGCCUUCUACGUGAACCAGCACUCGAAGCCCGCAACCCGGCGUUGGCACUUCGCCGGCACCCUCUCCGCCUUCCUCUGCCUCCUCCUCGCCCUCCUCCUCGGCCGCUGGCCCUUCCUCCUCGCCGCCCCCCUACUCGGCUAUGGCCUCGGUUGGUAUAGCCACUUCUUCGUCGAGAGCAACGCCCCCGCAGCCUUCGUCCACCCCCUCUGGUCCUUCCUCUGCGACCUCAAAAUGUUCGUCCUUAUGCUCACCGGGCAGAUGGACCGCGAGAUCAAGCGCCUCGGCAAGAGGCCCGUCCUCCAGGCCUUCUGAUCCUCCCCCAUCAAUGGAUCCAUCUGAUGGCGAAUCGACCUGUUCUCUUCCGUCGGAUCAAUGCCCCUCUGCGCUUGUCUCCCCCACCUGAUGGUGAUGACGGAUGACAAGUUACUCUUCUGAAAUCUACAUCUUUCUGUUAUCUUCUUGCAAUUAUUUAUAUUUCGUUCUUGGAUAGAUAUUGUCACCACUGUUUUUACAUGAUCGAGAUGAUUCACUUCAGAAAUUAUCCUGCUUGAAGCUUGUGAUUA